CAAAGUGUAAACACGCCCUAGAAACAGCUGUAAAAUACAGUGUUGUAAAGUGUAAGAAAAACUAAAGGAAAAAACAGCUGCCAAACAAAUAAAAUGGUUUGUGCUCUAGGUAUAGAAGGCAGUGCCAAUAAAAUUGGUAUAGGCAUUACCAAAGAUGGAGAAGUUUUGGCUAAUGUCAGAAAAACCUACAUAACGCCACCGGGUGAAGGCUUCCUACCCAAGGAAACGGCCAAACAUCAUCGCGAACAAAUUUUGGAGUUAAUCAAGGAAGCUUUAAAAACUGCACAAAUGACUGCCGCCGAUUUAGAUGUUAUUUGUUAUACGAAGGGGCCGGGUAUGGCGCCACCUUUAUUAGUUGGCGCCAUUGUAGCGCGUACUCUAUCUUUGCUGUGGCAAAAACCUUUGCUGGGUGUUAAUCACUGUAUUGGCCACAUAGAAAUGGGACGCUUUAUUACGGGAGCCAAAAAUCCCAUUGUUUUGUAUGUUAGUGGUGGUAACACCCAAGUGAUUGCCUACUCAAAUAAACGUUAUCGUAUUUUUGGUGAGACUAUUGAUAUUGCUGUAGGAAAUUGUUUAGAUCGUUUUGCCAGGAUUAUUAAGCUGUCGAAUGAUCCUAGUCCUGGUUAUAAUAUCGAACAAUUGGCCAAGGAGGGUAAACAGUUUGUUAAGCUGCCCUAUGUGGUAAAAGGUAUGGAUGUUAGCUUUUCUGGCAUACUUUCACACAUUGAAGAAAUUGCCGAUCCCUCGAAAAGGCGCAAUAAACGUAAAAAGGCUGAUGAACCUGAAGAACCAGAAUAUACCAAAGCUGAUCUAUGUUAUUCCCUACAAGAGACCAUAUUUGCCAUGUUAGUUGAGAUUACAGAAAGAGCCAUGGCUCAUUGCGAAUCAAAUGAGGUACUUAUCGUGGGUGGUGUAGGCUGUAAUGAACGUCUACAGGAUAUGAUGCGUAUUAUGUGUGAAGAAAGAGGUGGUAAACUAUUUGCCACCGAUGAACGUUAUUGCAUAGAUAAUGGCUUAAUGAUAGCACAUGCUGGCGCCGAAAUGUUUAAGGCAGGCACUCGAAUGGAGUUCGAAGAUUCUUUUGUAACACAAAGAUAUCGCACCGAUGAGGUGUUGGUAACCUGGCGAGAUGACUAAAUCAACAACAGUUAACAUAUUUUUUUAUAAUAAAGGACUUCUCUAUCAAGAUAAACAACAA